AUGCUUUGUGAUAUAAACAGCUACAGAAAGGUACAAUGGCAAGCGAGAAUCAUUGGUAUGCGUUCCACUUUGGGAAAAUUUGAAAGAUGGCUGCCUCCAGAUGGAUAUCGUGCACAAUUAGGCGCAUACAUUGAGCAAAAAUUGACCGUACAAUCCCAAGAAAUUCCUGAGGCCAUACUAAAAUUCUAUCGUGAUCUUCGAGAUGAUGACGAAAAGCAUAGCAAGGCAUUAUUCCGACAAUUGAGUCAACCCCGUCAAGAUCAGUAUGAGCCAUUGAUUCUCUUUGAUGGACCAUGUCUGGAAGAACUGAUCAACAAACGCUUGAAAGUAAAAGCGUUGGCAAUGAAGAGCGCUAAACCAUUCGAGAUGUUUGACUACAAUACAAAGAAUGAAGCCGUGCAAAUCCCAAAAAUCGAUCCGAUGAACUUGAUUGAAAUCCUCGAUCCGUUGUUGCAAUUUGAUAUGAACCAAUCAAUCUACAACGCAUUUGACCGGUUCGGCUGUCAUUUGAAUCAACUCAUGAGAAGUGCAAUCGCAGGCAACGAAAUCAAUAAAUUGCAAGAAGAUUUGAAGACUACAGGCUGCGAUCCGAAAUUGAUGGCAUCUUUGUCUCCUUCGAGACAAAUGUUCAACGUUCUUCCACAUCACAAGAAAUUAGCUCGCUUGGUAAGCCAGGAAAUUUUCAAGCCGCCAGGAAGAUUACCAAUUGCAAAGCAGGACCUUCAAGAAUACUACUACGGUGACAAUGAAAGACCGAAAAAGCGUCUUCGCUCUUUGAGCCCAAUCAUCGCUCCUUCCAAAAUCAUUUUCACAUCCAUUCCCGAGCCUCCAUGUCGUAAAGAAGAGACAGUCAGAAAUGCCAAGACUGCAUUGCAUAAUUUUUUCCUUCCGCAUGUGCGAGAGAAGCUUUCGGAUCCUGAAGAUGGUUUCAUUGCUAAUGGCAGCGAAAAAGGUCAAGAAUGGGUUUUGGAACAGCACAAAAUGACUGAAGAUGGAUUGGACCGCGCAAAGCGAUAUAAACGAAUGUUGUACAAAUUAAGUCUUUCCAAAGAAGGUGUUUGGGAACAUGUCUGCUUGCAAAACCUUCUACCUGGACCGGACUUCUUGCACGAAGAUUACACUCAGCUUUUCCUUGACGUCCAAUGGCGAUGCGACGCUUCUAAUGCGGAAGCACUUAAGGUACAAAAGGAGAGAUUGAACGAAAUCGUCAAGGGAAUUGACGGCAUUCGAAAGGAGAAAGCGCUGGGAAUUGUGUACGAUCCGUCCGUGCCUUUGAUGCAUGCACGAGUUGUCGACGAUCCAAUCAACGAGGCUAGCAGUAGUAAUGAAGACCUGCUCAAGACACCUGAGAAGGCGAGCAGUAGUAAUGAAGACCUACCCAAGACACCUGAGAAGGCGAGCGAAGGAGCCAACGUACAGGAUGCCCCCCAGCGAAUCUUCGCCCAAAGCUGUGGAUCUCCUUUCUUCUGA